AAUCGGCAGAGCUCAGCAUGAAGCCUCGAGUGAUGCUCUUGCGCCUGCUGAUGGCCACCCUCUUGGCCUCAGCGGUGGUCGGCGCUCCUGCCACAGUGCUGUCGCCCACCACGGGGGACGCCACUCUGGCUUUCGUCUUCGACGUCACUGGUUCCAUGUGGGAUGACCUGAUGCAGGUGAUCGAGGGAGCCUCGCGCAUCCUGGAGCGCAGUCUGAGCAGCCGCAGCCGGGCCAUCGCCAACUACGCGCUCGUGCCCUUUCACGACCCAGACAUCGGCCCUGUGACUCUCACUGCAGACCCGGCUGUGUUCCAGAGGGAGCUGAGGGAGCUCUACGUGCAGGGUGGCGGUGACUGCCCAGAAAUGAGUGUGGGGGCCAUCAAGGCUGCCGUGGAAGUGGCCAACCCUGGCUCUUUCAUCUACGUCUUCUCGGACGCCCGUGCUAAGGACCACCACAAAAAGGAGGAAUUACUGCGGCUCCUUCAGGUUAAGCAGUCACAGGUAGUCUUCGUGCUGACAGGAGACUGUGGGGACCGUACCCAUCCUGGCUACCUGGCCUUUGAGGAGAUUGCUUCCACCAGCUCUGGGCAGGUGUUCCACUUGGACAAACAGCAGGUGACAGAGGUGCUGAAGUGGGUGGAGUCAGCAGUUCAGGCCUCCAAGGUGCACCUGCUGUCCACGGACCAUGAGGAGGCGGGCGAGCACACGUGGAGACUUCCCUUUGACCCCAGCCUGAAGGAGGUCACCGUCUCAUUGAGUGGGCCGGGGCCGCAGAUCGAAGUCCGGGACCCACUGGGGAGGAUCUUGCAGAAGGACGAAGGCCUCAAUGUCCUCCUGAACAUCCCUGACUCGGCCAAGGUCGUGGCCUUCAAGCCUGAGCACCCUGGGCUGUGGUCCAUCAAGGUUUACAGCAGUGGCCGCCACUCAGUGAGAAUCACGGGAGUUAGCAACAUCGACUUCCGCGCCGGUUUCUCCACGCAGCCCUCCCUGGACCUCAACCACACCAUCGAGUGGCCCCUGCAAGGGGUGCCCAUCUCCUUGGUGAUCAACUCCACGGGCCUGCAGGCCCCUGGCCGUCUCGACUCCGUGGAGCUCUCUCACAGCUCAGGACGGUCCCUCCUCACCUUGCCUGCGCAGCCCCUCUCCAAUGAAUCCACCCACCAGCUGUGGGGUGGGCCCCCCUUCCAUGCCCCCCAGGAGCGCUUCUACCUCAAGGUGAAAGGCAAGGACCAUGAGGGAAACCCCCUGCUCCGCGUCUCUGGAGUUUCCUACAGCGGGGUGGCCCCAGGCGCACCCCUGGUCAGCAUGCCGGCCCGGAUCCAUGGCUACUUGCAGCAGCCCUUGCUGGUCUCCUGUGCCGUGCACAGCACCCUCCCCUUCCGGCUACAGCUGCGGCGAGAUGGAGCCAGGCUGGGCGAGGAGCGGCACUUCUCGGAGUCGGGCAAUAGCAGCUGGGAGAUCCCGCGGGCCUCCAAGGCCGAGGAGGGCACAUACGAGUGCACAGCAGUUAGCAGGGCCGGGACUGGCCGAGCAGAGGCCCAGAUCGUGGUCACAGACCCCCCACCGCAGCUGCUCCCUGCCCCCAACGUGACUGUGUCCCCGGGGGAGAGCGCCAUCCUAUCGUGUCGUGUCCUCAGCGAGGCUCCCUACAACCUGACCUGGGUUCGCGACUGGCGAGUCCUGCCAUCCUCCACGGGCCGGGUCACCCAGCUGGCUGAUCUGUCCCUGGAGGUCAGUAGUGUCACCCCCAGUGAUGGCGGACGGUACCAGUGUGUGGCCAGCAAUGCCAAUGGGGUCACGAGGGCAUCCGUGUGGCUCCUGGUACGAGAGGCCCCACAGGUCAGCAUCCACAGCAGGUCCCAGCGCUACCCGCAGGGUGUGGAGGUGAAGAUCAGCUGCUCAGCCUCGGGCUACCCCACACCCCACAUCUCCUGGAGCCGGGAGGGCCACGUCCUGCAGGAGGACAACAGAAUCCAGGUGGACGCCCAGGGAACACUGGUCAUUCAGGGGCUGGCCCCCGAGGAUGCUGGAAACUACAGUUGCCAGGCCACGAAUGAGGCUGGGACGGAUGAGGCAACAGUCACCCUGUACUACACAGACUCUCCAUCCGCAUCUGCCGUCAGCGCUGUGGUGCUUGCUGCUGUCGGGCAGGAAGCUGUGCUCCGAUGUGAGGUGUCUGGGGUCCCCCCACCCCGGGUCAUCUGGUACCGAGGGGGUCUGGAGAUGAUCCUGGCCCCUGAAGCCACCACGUCUGGGACACUGCGGAUCCCGGAGGCUCAAGAGAGGGACGCUGGUAUGUACACCUGCCGUGCCAUCAACGAGCUGGGCGAAGCCACUGCAGAAAUCCAGCUGGAGGUUGGACAUGCACCUCGACUGACAGAGCCGCCCGUGGAUGUCACAGCAGAGCUGGGCAGCAGCGUCUUCCUGGGCUGCCGGGCCACCGGCCGGCCACCUCCCAAGGUCACCUGGCGCCGUGAGGAUGGCCAGCUGUUGGGGCCCCAUCAGGGCAGCAGGCUCCGGCGGCCCCCAGGAGUGCUGUUCCUUGAGAGUGUGACCCUCAAAGACCAGGCCUUGUACAUCUGUGAAGCCCGAAAUAUCUUUGGGAAGGUGCAGGCUGAGGCCCGGCUCACCGUCACUGGACAUGUAGCCCCGGAGAUCGCCAGCAGUGCCACCACUGUCCGUGUCCUGGAGGGACAGCCUGUGUCCCUGUCUUGUGUCAUCCUGGCUGGGAGGCCCUUCCCGGAGAGGCGCUGGCUCAAGGAUGGCCGUCCCCUCCUGCCGGGCAGCCGGCCUUCAGUCCGGGCGGACGGCAGUCUGCACCUGCCCCGUGCACUGCAGGAGGACGCGGGGAGCUACAGCUGCGUGGUCACCAACACAGCCGGCUCUCAGCAUCGGGACGUGCUGCUGGUGGUCCAAGUGCCACCUAGAAUCCACCCCACGACUACCCACCACGUCACCAAUGAAGGGGUGCCUGCCUCCCUCCCCUGUGUACCCUCAGGAAUCCCCGCCCCCACCAUUACCUGGACCAAGGACACCAAGGUUCUGACUUCCCGGGAUGCCCACUACAACGUGAGCAAGAAUGGGACCCUGCUCAUCGCCCGGCCGACCGCCCAGGAUGCUGGGGCCUACGUCUGCACGGCCACCAACGCGGUGGGCUUCUCCAGCCAGGAGAUGUGGCUGUCUGUCAACACCAAGCCCCAGAUCGGCGGGAACGGUUCCCAGGACGCAGACACUCCUCUGCGAGUUGUGGUGAGGACUGGAGAAGAAGUGACCCUGGACUGCGAGGCCCAGGGCUCCCCACCUCCGCUGGUCACCUGGACGAAGGACUCACACCCUGUGCUGCCCAUCACUGACAGACAUGGCCUCCUCCCGUCGGGCUCCCUGCGUCUGGUCCAGACCCAGGCUGGUGACAGUGGCCACUACGAGUGCACGGCGAGUAACCCGGCAGGGUCAGCCUCCCGGCGCUACAUCCUCGGGGUACAAGUGCCCCCUCAGGUGCAGCCGGGCCCUCGGCUCCUCAAGGUACUGGCCGGAGAAGCCCUGGACCUGAACUGCAUGGCUGAGGGCCAGCCAGAGCCCCGGCUGAGCUGGUUCAAGGACGGCGCGAGUCUGCAGGGCAGGGGGCCCGAGGGCUCUGUCCAGUUCGCAGCCGUAGAGGCCUCGGACGCCGGGCGGUACCGCUGUGAGGCCUCCAACAGCGCCGGGGAGGAUGUGUGGGAGCUGGAGCUCCGUGUGCUGGAGCCACCAUCCUGGGGUGCCGGGGAGACGCAGGACCUGCUGGAGCGAGUGGCAGGAGAGAAUGCCAGCCUGCCAUGCCCUGCCAGAGGGACACCCCAGCCACAGGUCACGUGGCGGAAAGGCCCAUCCUUGGAGCCCCUGGAUGACCGGCCAGGCGUGGAGGUGUUGCCUGAAGGUUCUUUGUUCCUGACCUCAGUCUCGCCCAGCGACAGUGGUGAUUAUGAGUGCCAGGCCACCAACGAGGUGGGCUCUGCGUCCAGGAGAGCCAAGCUGGUGGUCUACGUGCCUCCCAGCAUCCGUGAGGACGGGCGCCAGGCCAACGUGUCGGGCAUGGCUGGACAGUCUCUGAUGCUAGAGUGUGAUGCCAAUGGUUCCCCAGCCCCCGAGAUUGUGUGGCUCAAAGAUGGGCAGCUGAUGCCCCAGGCAGGCAGCCACCGCCUCCACUUCCCCAGGGUCCAGGAGACCGAUGCUGGCCUCUAUACCUGCAGGGCAGAGAACCAGGCUGGGCUUGCCCAGAAAGACUUCCAGCUCCGUGUCGUCGUCCCUCCUUCUGUGCUUGGAGCUGGGGUGGCCCAGGAGGUGCUGGGACUGGCUGGUGAUGAUGUGGAGCUGGAGUGUCGAACCUCAGGGGUCCCCACACCCCAAGUGGAGUGGACCAAGGAUGGGCAGCCUGUCCUGCCUGGAGACCCUCGUGUCCAGCCCCAGGAGGACAGCCAGGUCCUCAGGAUCACCAACAGCCACCUGGGUGAUGAGGGCCACUACCAGUGUGUGGCCUUCAGCCCAGCUGGCCAGCAGACCAAGGACUUCCAGCUCAGAGUGCACUCACCCCCCUCCAUCUGGGGCGCCAAUGAGACAGGCCAAGUGGCCGUCAUGGAGGGCCGCUCGGCGUGGUUGCUGUGCGAGGCCCGGGGGACGCCCGCCCCUGACAUCGCCUGGUUCAAGGAUGGCGCCCUGCUGGCCCCCAGCGCCGAGGUGAUCUAUAGCAGGGGUGGGCGGCAGCUGCAGCUCAGGAAUGUCCAGGCCGCGCAUACAGGGGUCUACACCUGCCAAGCCAGCAACGUUAGAGGCGUCACCGAGAAGGCCACCAGCCUGCAGGUUUAUGUGCCCCCGACCAUUGACGGCGCUGUUGGAGGGCCAUACGUGGUGAAGGCUGUGGCUGGGAGGCCCCUGGCGCUGGAAUGUGUGGCUAGAGGCCGCCCACCUCCCAGCCUUUCCUGGCACCACGAAGGGUUGCCUGUGGCUGAGAGCAACGAGACAUGGCUGGAGCCAGGGGGUGUGGCACUGCGGCUGGAGAGUCCCGGAGAGGCGUCGGGAGGCCUGUACAGCUGCAUGGCCAGCAGCCCCGCGGGCGAGGCUGUGCUGCAGUACUCCGUGGAGGUGCAGGUGCCCCCGCAGCUCCUGGUGGCUGAAGGCCUGGGCCAGGUGACCACCAUCGUAGGGCAGCCCCUAGACCUUCCCUGCCAGGCUUCGGGCUCCCCGAUGCCCACCAUCCAGUGGCUGCAGAAUGGCCGCCCUGCCCAGGAGCUGCCUGGGGUGCAGGUGGCCUCUCAGGGGACCACGCUGCACAUCGACCACGUAGAGCUGGGUCACGCAGGCCUCUUCGCCUGCCACGCCACCAAUGAGGCAGGCACCGCUGGGGCCGAGGUGGAAGUGUCUGUGCAUGAGUUCCCGACAGUUGACAUCAUUGGAGGUGAGAACAUCACAGCUCCCUUCCUGCAGCCUGUGACCAUGCAGUGUGUGGGGGCUGGAGUGCCCACUCCAACCCUCCGUUGGUGGAAGGAUGGGGUGGCCCUGGCAACCUCGGGGGGGAGCCUGCAGAUUGAGAAAGCAGACCUGCGGGAUGAAGGCGUCUACACCUGUGCUGCUACAAACCUGGCUGGGGAGAGCAGGAGGGAUGUGGCGCUGAAGGUGUUGGUGCCCCCCAACAUCGAACCAGGCUCACUUAACAAGGCCGUGCUGGAGAACACCUCGGUGACCUUGGAGUGUCUGGCUUCAGGUGUGCCCCCGCCUGAUGUUUCCUGGUUCAAGGGCCGCCGGCCUAUCUCUGCCUGGCCAGGUGUGACAGUGUCAGCUGACGGGAGAGUUCUUCGCAUCGAGCGAACCCGUCUUUCGGAUGCUGGAAGCUACCGCUGUGUGGCGUCUAAUGUGGCAGGCAGCACAGAACUGCAGUAUGGCCUGCGUGUCAAUGUGCCCCCGCGAAUCACGCUGCCACCCAGCCUGCCAGGUCCUGUGCUGCUCAACGCCCCUGUGCGGCUGACCUGCGAUGCCACAGGUGCCCCCAAACCCACGCUGAUGUGGCUGAAGGAUGGAAACCCCGUGUCCACUGCAGGGACUCCUGGCCUUCAGGUCUUCCCUGGAGGCCGAGUCCUCACCUUGGCCAGUGCCCGGACCUCUGACUCUGGCAACUACUCCUGUGUGGCAGUGAGCGCCGUGGGCGAGGAUCGGCGGGACGUCGUCCUGCAAGUCCACGUGCCCCCAAGCAUCCUGGGAGAAGAGCUGAACGUGUCGGUUGUGGCUGGCAAGGCGGUGGCGCUGGCAUGCCGGAGCCACGCCGUGCCCCCGCCAGUGCUGAGCUGGUGGAAGGAUGGACGGCCACUGGUGCCACGUCCUGGUGUCCGCCUCCUGGAAGAUGACGCCCUGUUGGAGGUGGACGCAGCACAGCUCAGGGACGCAGGCCGCUACACCUGUGAGGCUGUGAAUCAGGCGGGCCACUCGCAGAAGCACUACAACCUGAACGUCUGGGUGGCUCCAGCGUUCCCCUCCCGGGAGCCCCUCACCCUGACAGUGAGUGAGGGACACCCUGCCAGGCUGUCCUGCGAGUGUCGAGGUGUCCCCUUCCCCAAGAUCUCCUGGAGGAAAGAUGGUCAACUACUGCCAGGGCAGGGGCCUGGUCUCAAGCAGGUGUCUGUCGUGGGGAGGCUGCUGUACCUGGGGCAGGCUCGGCCAGACCAAGAGGGAACCUACACCUGUGAGUGCAGUAACAUAGCCGGGAACAGCAGCCAGAACCUGCGUGUGGAAGUAAACGUUCCACCUCGGAUCGCUGCCCCCCAGGCGCUGCACACACAGGUCUCCGUGGUCCAGAACAGGGAGACCACGCUGGAAUGCAAUGCCACCGGGAAACCCCCACCCACGGUCACGUGGGAGCGAGAAGGUCGGCCCGUGGGGGCGGAGCAUGGCCUGCGACUCCACCACGGGGGCCAGAGCCUGCACCUGGAGCGGGCACAGGUCGCCCAUGCUGGGCACUACAGCUGCGUGGCUGAGAACGUGGCUGGGAGGGCUGAGAGGAGGUUUGCACUGUCCGUGCUAGUGCCACCGGAGCUCAUCGGGGACGCAGACCCUCUAACCAACGUCACUGCAGCCUUGCACAGUCCCCUGACGCUGCUCUGUGAAGCCACUGGGGUCCCGCCCCCUGUUGUGCGCUGGUUCCGAGGGGAGGAGCCCCUCAGGCCUGGGGAGGACACCUACCUCCUGGCAGGUGGCUGGAUGCUGAAGGUGACUCAGGCACAGGAGCAACACCGAGGCCUGUACUCGUGCCUGGCCAGCAAUGAGGCGGGGGAGGCCCGAAGGAACUUCAGCGUGGAGGUGCUGGUUCCUCCCAGUAUUGAGAACGAGGGUCAAGAGGAUGUAAUCAGGGUCCCUGAGGGACAACCUGCCCACCUGAUGUGCAAUGCCACAGGCGUGCCCCAGCCCACAGUGACGUGGUUCAAAGACGGCCAGCCCCUGGUGAGUGGAGACGCCCACCACAUCUCUCCAGAUGGAGCCUUGCUGCAGGUGCUCCAGGCCAACCUGUCCAGUGCCGGUCACUACUCCUGCAUCGCAGCCAAUGCCGUCGGCGAGAAGACCAGACACAUCCAGCUGAACGUCCUGGUGGUCCCCACCAUCCUGGGAGUGAGUGAGGACAGCGCCGAUGAGGAGGUGACCGUGACCGUCAACAACCCCAUUUCUCUCAUCUGCGAGGCGUUGGCCUUCCCUGUCCCCAACAUCACCUGGAUGAAGGACGGCGCCCCCUUUCAGGCCUCCAAGAACAUCCAGCUGCUCCCAGGGACCCAGGGGCUGCAGAUCCUGAAUGCCCAGAGGGAGCACGCCGGCCAGUACACCUGCGUAGUCACCAACGAGCUGGGGGAGGCCAUGAAGAACUACCAUGUAGAAGUCCUCAUCCCUCCUUCCAUCUCCAAGGACGACCCCUCUGGGGACGAGGGUGUGAAGCAAGUGAAGACCAAGGUCAACAGCACCUUGACCCUGGAAUGCGAGUGCUGGGCUGUGCCCCCGCCCACCGUCAGCUGGUACAAGGACGGACAGCCUGUGACCCCCAACCAGCGACUCCACCUCUUGGCGGAAGGGCGGCUGCUGCAGAUCCAGCCCACCCAGGUGUCCGACUCCGGACGGUACCUGUGUGUGGCCACCAACGUGGCCGGCGAGGACGACCAGGACUUUAAUGUGCUCAUCCAGGUGCCCCCCAUGUUCCAGAGCAUGGGCGACCCCAGCACAGCCUUCGAGUUCCUGUCCCAAGAGCUGGAGGAGGUGGAGGCCCGCAGCGGGGUGACCGAAUACCGGGAGGUGGUGGAGAACAACCCGGCCUACUUGUACUGUGACACCAACGCGAUCCCACCCCCAGAGCUCACCUGGUUCAAGGAGGGUCAGCGUGUCUCAGCCACGGAUGGGGUGUCCCUGUUGCAAGGAGGCCGGGUGCUACAGAUCCCCCUGGUACGGGCAGAGGACGCUGGGAGAUACUCAUGCCAGGCCACCAACGAGGUGGGCGAGGCUUGGCUGCACUACGAGUUGCUGGUGCUGACACCACCUGUGAUCCUGGGGGACACAGAGGAGCUGGUGGAGGAGGUGACCAUCAAUGCCAGUAGUACCAUCAGCCUGCGGUGCCCGGCCCUGGGCAACCCCACGCCCACCAUCUCAUGGCUGCAAAAUGGGCUGCCCUUCUUGCCCAACCUGCGGCUGCAGGUCCUGGAAGAUGGGCAGGUCUUGCAGGUUUCCACAGCCGAGGCAGCUGACGCUGCCAGCUACAUGUGUGUGGCUGAGAACCAAGCCGGCUCUGCAGAGAAGCUGUUUACUCUCAGGGUCCAAGUCCCGCCACGGAUCAUGGGCUGGAGCUCGGAACAGAUCACUGCCAUCCUUAACAGCAGCGUCUCCCUGCGCUGCGAGGCCCAUGCUCAGCCCAGCCCUGAAGUCACAUGGUACAGGGAUGGCCAGCCCCUCAUCCCUAAUGAGGAGCUCUUCCUCCUGCCUGGCACCCACAACCUUCAGCUGGCACGGGCACAGCUGUCGGAUUCCGGGACCUAUGUGUGUGAAGCCCUCAACGCUGCCGGCAGGGACCAGAGGCGGGUGCAGCUUAGCGUGCUGGUGCCCCCCACCUUUAGGCAGCCUUCCAGUGGUCCCCAGGAGAUGGUCCCAGUGCAGGUCGGGGAUAAGGCCAUCCUGAGCUGUGAGACAGACUCUGUCCCCGAGCCAGUGGUGACCUGGUACAGGGAUGGGCAGCCUCUGGUCAUGACACAGCGGGCCCAGGCUCUGCAGGGCGGCCAGAGGCUGGAGAUCCUGGACUCCCAGGUGUCAGACAAAGGGGUGUACAGCUGCAGGGUCAGCAACGCCGCUGGGGAGGCCAUGAGGACCUUCAGCCUCACUGUCCAGGUGCCCCCAGCAUUUGAGAACCCUGAGAUGGAAACGGUGAGCCAGGUGGCUGGGAGCCCGCUGGUCCUGGCCUGUGACGUGUCCGGGGUUCCCGCGCCCAUUGUUACGUGGCUGAAGGACAGAAUGCCCGUGGAGAGCAGCACGGCCCAAGGCAUCAUCUCCCGAGGUGGACGCCUGCAGCUGAGUCGCCUGCAGCCAGCUCAGGCGGGCACCUACACGUGCGUGGCCGAGAAUGCCCAGGCGGAGGCCCGCAAGGACUUUGUGGUGGCCGUACUGGUGGCCCCCCAGAUCCGGAGCUCGGGCAGCGCACAGGAGCACAACGUCCUGGAGGACCAGGAGGUACAGCUGGACUGUGAGGCUGAGGGUCAGCCACCACCCGAAGUGACCUGGCUGAAGGAUGGAGGCCCGUUGGAUGGAGCUGUAGGUCCUCACCUCCGCUUCUACUUGGAUGGCAGCUCACUGGUGUUGAAGGGCCUCAGAGCUGGGGAUGCAGGUGCCUACACCUGCGUGGCUCGCAACCCUGCUGGGGAAGACUCCAGGCUGCACACGGUCAAUGUGCUGGUUCCUCCAACCAUCGAGCCAGCAGCCAACAGCAGGGACAGCCUGGUGAGCAGGCCUGGGGAGCAGGUGACCAUGGCCUGUCUGGUGCGGGGCUCCCCGCCCAUCCAUGUGAGCUGGCUCAAGGAUGGCCUGCCCCUUGCUCUGUCCCAGCGCACCCGUCUGCACAGCUCUGGGCGCAGCCUCAGGAUUUCCCAGGUGCAGCUGGCAGAUUCCGGGCUCUUCACCUGUGUGGCCUCAAGCCCAGCUGGGGUGGCCAAUAAGAACUUCACCUUGCAGGUGCAAGAGCCCCCCAUCCUGGAGCCCGCAGAAUUCCAGAAGGAUGUGGUGGUGGUCCGUGGCUCCACUGUGGUCCUCCCGUGCGAGGCCCGUGGCAGCCCCCAGCCCUUUGUCUCAUGGGUGAAGGAUGGAGAACCCUGGUUGUCCCAGAGCCUCGAGCAGGGGCCAGGGCUGCAGCUGGAGGCUGUGGGAGCUGGAGACUCGGGGACCUACUCCUGCGUGGCUGUGAGCGAGGCGGGCGAGACCCGGCGGCAUUUCCAGCUGACUGUGCUGGAUCCCCCCCACAUCGAGGACUCGGGCCAGCCUACAGAGCUGUUGCUGACCCCCGGCACCCCCUUGGAGCUCCUGUGUGAGGCCCGGGGCACGCCGCCACCCAACAUCACUUGGCAUAAGGAUGGGCGCACCAUAAAUGGGGUGGAGAACAGCAGCCGAGCCCCGCGCAUGCUCCAUGUGCAGGCUGUGCAGCUGGACGAUGCUGGGCUGUACAGCUGCCUGGCCAAGAACCCUGCAGGUGAAGUUGAGAAGAACUUCCGGGUCAGAGUUCAAGGUCCCCCGAAUAUCGUGGGGCCUCAGGGCCCCCACUCUGUGGUGGGCCUGGCCCCGGGGCAGCUCGUCCUAGAGUGCUCGGUGGAGACGGAGCCAGUGCCCGAGAUCGAGUGGCACCGGGACGGUGUCUUGCUGCAGGCGGACGCCCACACCCAGUUCCCUGAGCAGGGCAGGUUCCUCCAGCUGCUGGCUCUGACCAUGGCCGAUGGCGGCAACUACAGCUGCACAGCCCGCAACGCAGCGGGCAGCACCAGCGUGGCGUUCCACGUGGACAUCCACACGGCACCUAUCAUCGAGCCGGGAUCACCCACUGUGAACAGCUCAGUAAACCAGACAGUCCUGCUGCCGUGCAGGGUCGACGGCGCGCCCCCACCCCUCGUGGCUUGGCGGAAGGACGGGACCCCACUGGACCCUGGGAAUACCAGAUUGGAGCUGCUGCCCGGGGGUUCCCUGCGGAUCCAGCCAGUCCUUGCCCAGGAUGCUGGCCAUUAUGUCUGCCUGGCAUCCAACUCUGCUGGCUCCGAUCGGCAGGGCCGCCACCUCCGGGUCUUUGAACCCCCAGCCAUCAGCCCCAGCCCCUCCAACGUGACCCUGACUGCCCACGUCCCAGCCUCGCUGCCCUGUGAAGCUAGUGGCUCCCCCAAGCCCCUGGCAGUCUGGUGGAAGGACGGACAGAAGCUGGACUUGCGCCCACAGCUGGGCACCUAUCGGCUCCUGCCGUCCAAUGCCCUGCUUCUUGUGGCCCCUGGCCUCCAGGAUUCAGCUCAAUUUGAAUGUGUGGUGAGCAACGAACUGGGUGAGGCCCGCCAGCUCUACCAAGUGACUGUUCAUGCACCCCCCACCAUUGCGGAUGACCAGACAGACUUCACCGUGACCAGGAUGGCUCCCGUAGUGCUCACAUGCCAUGCCACAGGUGUGCCAGCCCCAGCUGUGUCGUGGAGCAAGGCAGGCGCCCAGCUGGGGGUGCGGGGCAGUGGCUAUCGCGUCUUGCCGUCAGGUGCCCUGGAGAUUGGGCAUGCCCUCCCCGUCCACUCUGGCCGCUACACCUGCACAGCCCGCAACUCCGCUGGUGUGGCCCAUAAGCACGUGGUCCUCACUGUGCAAGAGUCCCCCGUGGUGAAGCCACUGCCCAGUAUGGUUCAAGCCGUCACAGAACAGGAGGUGCAGCUGUCCUGUGAGGCCUCGGGCAUCCCCCGGCCCACGGUCACCUGGCAGAAGGAAGGGCUCAACAUCCCGGCGGGAACAAGGACCCAGGUCCUCCCCGGUGGCCAGCUGCGAAUUCUCCGUGCCAGCCCGGAGGACACAGGCAACUACCUCUGCAUUGCGCAGAACAGUGUGGGAAGCUCUGUGGGCAAGAUGCGACUGGUGGUACAAGUUCCUCCUGUGAUCGAAGCUGGCCUUUCCGACCUGUCCACCAUCGAAGGCUCCCACGUCCUGCUGCCCUGCACAGCUAGGGGCAGCCCCCAGCCGGACAUCAGCUGGGAAAAGGAUGGCCAGCCUGUGUCUGGAGCCCAGGGCAAGUUCAUCCUCCAGCCUUCAGGAGAGUUGCUGGUCAGGAACUUGGAGGGUCAGGACGCUGGCACCUACACCUGCACCGCGGAGAAUGCCGUGGGUCUGGCCCGCCAGCGUGUGCAUCUCUCCAUCCUGGCCCUGCCUGUCUUCACUACCCUGCCUGGGGACCGCAGCCUGCACCCCGGGGACCGGCUAUGGCUUCGCUGUGCGGCCCGGGGCAGCCCCACCCCCCACAUCAGCUGGACCCUGAAUGACCAGCCAGUCACAGAGGGCGUGUCGGAGCAGGACGGGGGCAGCACGCUGCAGCGAAGGGCCGUCACCAGAGAGGACAGCGGGACCUACGUGUGCUGGGCUGAGAACAGCGUGGGCCGUGUGCAGGCCACCAGCUUCGUCCAUGUGAAGGAGGCUCCCACCCUCCUCGGCGAGGCCUUCUCCUACCUGAUAGAACCUGUUGGGGGCAGCAUCCGCCUGGACUGCGUGGUCCGUGGAGACCCAGUGCCCAGCAUCCGCUGGACCAAAGACGGCCUCCCGCUGCGGGGCAGCCGCCUGCGGCGCCGGCUGCAGAAUGGCUCGUUGGCCAUCCCCAGGACCGAGAUGGCCGAUGCGGGGCAGUACCAGUGCCUGGCGGAGAACGAGAUAGGUGCCGUGAAGAGAGUAGUGGUCGUCGUGUUGCAGAGUGCCCCAGUGUUGGAGGUGGAGCCCCAGGACAUGACCGUGAGGUCCGGGGAUGAUGUGACGCUGCAAUGCCAGGCCUCUGGGGAACCAACCCCUACCAUCGAGUGGCUGCGGGCAGGCCGACCCCUGCAGGCCAGCGGGCAGAUGCAGACCCUGUCAGAUGGGAGCCUGUGGCUGAAACGCGUGGAGGUGGAAGACACGGGCGCCUACGAGUGUGUCGCUCACAACCUGCUGGGCUCUGCCACAGCCCGGGCACUUCUGGUAGUGAAAGGGGAGCCCCGAGGCAGCUGGGGCAGAAUGAUGGGGGUGCUCAAUGGCCAGGAGUUUGGGGUGGCGACUCUCAACACCAGUGUGCACCAGGAGGCACAUUCUGGAGUCACCACCAUCAGGAGCAGCAUCAGCCACAUCCCGGCUAACGUGGGGCCCCUGAUGAGGGUGCUCGUGGUCACCAUUGCCCCCAUCUACUGGGCCCUGACUGGAGAGAGUGGGAAUGCCCUGAAUGGUCAGUCCCUGACCGGCGGCAGCUUCCGGCAGGAGUCGCACGUGGAAUUUGGCACAGGAGAGCUGCUCAGUAUGUCCCAAGUGGCUCGGGGCCUGGACCCAUCAUCUGGCCUCCUGCUCUUGGAUGUGGUGGUGAACGGUGUCGUCCCUGAAGGCCUGGCUGGUGCUGAGCUACACGCACAGGACUUCCAGGAACAAUAUGUGCAGACAGGGCCUGGUCAACUCUUUGCGGGCUCCACACAGCACUUCCUCCAUGGAGGCCUCCCGGCAUUCAUGCGCUGCAACCACAGCAUCCAGUACGACCCGACCCGGGGCCCCCAGCCCCAGCUGGUGCAACACCUGCAGGCCUCAGACAUCAGAACAACCUUUGACCCCGAGGCCGAGGCCCUGCGUUUCCAGCUCACCACAGCCCUGCAAGCUGAGGCAGAUGACAUUGGCUGCCCGGAAGGAUUUGACCUGGACCCCGAGGGAGCGUUCUGCGUGGACAGGGACGAGUGCUUGGAAGGUCCCAGCCCCUGCUCCCACACCUGCCACAACGCACCAGGGCGCUUCUCUUGCUCCUGCCCGGCUGGCUUCACCCUAUCCUGGGACAACAGGAACUGCAGAGAUGUAGACGAAUGCCUGGAGCAGCUGGAUGACUGUCACUACAACCAGAUCUGUGAGAACACCCCUGGUGGCCAUCACUGCAGCUGCCCCCGGGGCUACCGGACCCAGGGCCCUGCCCUGCCCUGCCUAGAUAUCAAUGAAUGUUUGCAGCUGCCCGGGCCCUGCACCCACGAGUGCCACAACCUCCAGGGAAGUUACCGCUGCCUAUGCCCGCUGGGCCAGACCCUCCUCCGGGAUGGCAAGACCUGUGCACCCCUGCAACAGAGUGAACCCAAUGUGACCACCGUCAGCCACCGAGGACCCUUUGUGCCCUGGCCACGGCCCCGGGCUCCAAGCCCCAGCGGUUCCUACCAAGCCUGGAUCUCCCUGCGGCCAGGGCUGGGAACCCUGGGCAACGUGGGUAGGGCCUGGUGUCCUCCUGGCUUCAUCAGGCAGAACGGCGUGUGUACAGACUUGGAUGAGUGCCGGGUGCGUAGCCUGUGCCAGCACGCCUGCCGGAACACCGAGGGCAGCUACCGGUGCCUCUGCCCCGCCGGCUACCGCCUCCUCCCUAGCGGCAAGAACUGCCAGGACAUCAAUGAGUGUGAGCAGGACGACAUCGAGUGCGGGCCCGGCCAGAUGUGCUUCAAUACCCGCGGCAGCUACCAGUGUGUGCCCACGCCCUGUCCGCCCUCCUACCGCCAGGGCUCCAGCCCCGGGACGUGUUUCCGGCGCUGCUCGCAGGACUGCAGCACCGACGGCCCCUCCACGCUGCAGUACCGCCUGCUGCCAUUGCCCCUGGGCGUGCGCGCCCACCAUGAUGUGGCGCGCCUGGCCGCCUUCUCCGAGGCCGGUGUUCCCGCCAACCACACGGAACUCAGCGUGCUCGAGCCGGACCCGCUAAGCCCCUUCGCACUGCGCCCGCUGCACGGCGGCCUGGGCGCCGUCUACACUCGCCGCGCGCUCACCCGCGCCGGCCUUUACCGGCUCACUGUGCGCGCCGCGGCGCCGCGCCACCAAAGCGUCUUCGUCCUGCUCAUCAACGUGUCACCCUACCCCUACUGAGCCUGCAGCUCUGCGGCCAGUGACCCCCAAGGACGUGGGGGGCGGAGAGAGCCUCGCUCAGUUCGCCUGCCAGGAUAGGCGGGGCCUCCUCUGCUCCCGCGUGGUGCGUCAGCGACACCUUUGGCAAACACGACCCUGUGCGCGACCUUGAGCCUAGGACAGCAAAGCUGCCCCAAGCCUCAGGAAGCUGGACAGGGGGAGGACAGACCUUGGGGGAGUGUCGACAGUGGCCACUCGUUCACACCAGGCACCAGGAUCCCGCGCCCAGAGCGUGGCCAUGUGUGUACAUAUGAAA